AUGUCUCGAAAGCAAGACGGCAGCAUGCCCCGCUACGACAGAAUGCCCAAUCGCAACCCCAACCCAUUCGGAAAAUUCGAGCUUAAAGCUCGAAUUUACAGCUCUUUCAACUGCAAUACCGGCCACACCUCCUACUACCUACAGCCGAUCCUCUCUGAUCCUAUUGGCACCGAGACCGAGGUUAUGAUCCUCAAAGAUAUCGAAGAGCACCUGAUUGGGGGGCGGCUGAAAGUGCCCGGAUCCUCCACGAUCAUUCCAGACCGCACCAUAGUUACGUUUUCUGGAGCCGACAUCGUGGCGAUUGGAAAGGCCCUAGAUGUGGACUUCGCUCCGGACACAAGAAAAGGCUUUGUGCGCUCAAAAUCUCCUGACAAGUAUUCAACCAGGGAUAGCGCCCGUGGUGGAAUUGACAGCCCCUCUGUCACACCAAGAGAGGUCCCGUCGAGCAGCUCUGUCAUGGCGGACUGGAGACGGUUUGUUGGGACAGUUCGAGCCGUGGCCUGA